AAGCAAAUCAGGCAAAACAACGUAGAAACAAGAUAGAAGGUCGGCAUUCAGUCGGCCGAGUGUCAUAUGCUCCCAUUGAAUGCUUAAAAACAAUCUGUUCUGAUCUCUUGAAGCUUUUUCAAGAUGCCGGGGUCCAUCGAGAUCCCACUGCGCGACACCGACGAGGUGAUCGAGCUCGAUGUCGACCAACUACCGGAAGGAGAAGAAGUCCUCGGCAUCCUUCGACAAGAACAGGCCCAACUGCAUCUAUGGGUCAACCUUGCGCUGGAGUACUACCGGCAGGGCAAAGUGGACGACUUUGUCCGGCUGUUGGAGGCUGGCCGCACCGAGGCCCGGCUCGAUUACCGAGACUUUGAGCAGGACCAGAUGACGUGCCUCGACACAUUGGCUGCUUAUUACGUUCAAAAGGCCAGUAAGGAGAAAAACAAGGACCGCAAGCAUGAACUGUUCACCAAGGCCACCCUGCUCUACACCACUGCUGACAAGAUCAUUAUGUACACGCAGAACCAUCUUCUUGGAAGAGCCUACUUCUGUCUCCUGGAAGGGGACAAAAUGGACCAGGCCGAUGCUCAGUUCAACUUUGUGCUUAACCAGUCUCCCAACAACAUUCCUUCUCUAUUGGGCAAAGCCUGCAUUGCGUUCAACAAGAAGGACUACAGAGGUGCCCUGGCCUUUUACAAGAAAGCUCUUCGCACCAACCCCAACUGUCCUGCUGAGGUACGGCUAGGCAUGGGCCACUGCCUCUAUCGUCUGGGCAAGCAGGAGAAGGCUCGUGCAGCUUUUGAGCGAGCGCUGGUCCUGGACCCACAGUGUGUUGGUGCACUGUCAGGGCUGGCUGUGCUGCAGCUCAAUCAGAAGGGUACCGAGGCGACCCGCGCAGGCGUCCAGAUGCUGUCGCGCGCUUACGCCGUGGACCCAUCCUGCCCUGUCGUGCUGAACCAGCUUGCCAACCACUUCUUCUUCAAGAAGGACUAUGGGAAGGUGCAACAUCUGGCACUGCACGCCUUCCACAACACCGAAAAUGAGGCCAUGCGUGCCGAGAGCUGUUACCAGCUGGCCCGCUCCUUUCACGUCCAAGAGGACUAUGACCAGGCCUUCCAAUAUUACUACCAGGCUACCCAGUUUGCACCACCGUCUUUCGUGCUGCCACAUUUUGGUCUCGGCCAGAUGUACAUCUUUCGUGGCGAUGUAGACAACGCCGCACAGUGCUUUGAAAAAGUCCUCAAGGCGCAGCCGGGCAACUAUGAGACUAUGAAGAUCCUUGGAUCAUUGUAUGCCAACUCGUCAAGCCAGUCCAAGCGAGACCAGGCAAAGACACACCUCAAAAAGGUGACCGAUCAGUUUCCUGAGGAUGUGGAGGCCUGGAUAGAACUGGCUCAGAUCUUGGAGCAGAGCGAUGUCCAAGGGGCGCUGUCGGCAUACGGAACAGCCACCCGCCUUCUUCAGGAUAAGGUGAAAGCUGACGUGCCUCCGGAGAUCCUGAACAACGUAGGUGCACUGCACUUUCGAAUGGGCAACCUGCAGGAAGCGCGACGUUUUUACGAGGCCUCCCUGGAGCGCAGCCGUACAGAGGCUAACAACGACGAGCAUUAUUACAGUUCGAUCUCGGUGACCACCACCUACAACCUUGCUCGGCUGUACGAAGCACUCAGUCUCUUCGACAGGGCUGAGCAGGCGUACAAGAACAUUCUUCGGGAACAUCCGAACUACGUUGACUGUUAUCUUCGCCUUGGUUGCAUGGCGAGAGACCGAGGACAAAUUUACGAAGCUUCUGAUUGGUUCAAGGAAGCUCUUCAAGUGAAUCAGGAGCACCCCGACUCGUGGUCCCUGAUUGGGAACCUCCACCUGGCCAAGCAGGAAUGGGGUCCCGGCCAGAAGAAGUUUGAGCGUAUUCUCAAGGGUGCGCAAGGGGACGCCUACUCCCUCGUAGCGCUGGGUAACGUGUGGUUGCAGACUCUGCACCAGCCCAUUCGUGACCGGGACAAGGAGCGCAGGCACCAAGAUCGGGCUCUCUCCAUGUACAAGCAGGUGCUACGGCUUGACCCACGAAACAUCUGGGCUGCCAAUGGCGUGGGUGCUGUGCUUGCCCACAAAGGCUACAUCUCAGAGUCACGGGACAUCUUUGCGCAAGUGCGAGAGGCCACUGCAGAUUUUUGCGAUGUGUGGCUCAACAUUGCUCACAUUUACGUGGAGCAGAAGCAGUAUGUUGCUGCGAUUCAGAUGUACGAGAACUGUCUGCGCAAGUUCUACCGUCAUCACCAUGUGGACAUCCUGGUGUACCUAGCCAGGGCAUUGUUCCGCUGCAAUCGGCUGCGCGAGUGCAAGCGUGUCCUGCUCAGGGCACGUCGAGUGGCACCCCAGGACACCCUACUGCUGUACAACAUUUCCCUGGUGCUGCAGAAGCUGGCCGCCCAGUGCCUGAAAGACGACAAGUCCUCCCUGGCUACAGUGCUCUCGGCCGUUCACGAACUUGGCCUUGCACACAGGUACUUCCAGUAUCUCAGUGUCCACGGGGACCGAAUGAAGUACGACCUUGCCCAAGCUGCUGCCGAGUCUAGGCAAUGCCAGGACUUGCUGAGUCAGGCACAGUAUCACGUGGCACGGGCACGCCGCAUGGACGAGGAGGAGCGAGAGAUCCGCCGUAAGCAAGAAGAAGAACGCGAGGCCCUCCGCCGCAAGAUAUCCGAGGAACAGAGGCUGCUCGAGGAACAGAAGCUUGAGCAGGAGAGGGCCAUGAUUAUGAAGCGCCAGGAGUUUGUCGAGAAAAGCAAGAGCAAGAUGCAGUUUGUCGACACGGGUGACGACAAACCGUCCAAAAAGUCGAAGGGACGCAAGACGCAGGACUACGUUAGUGACAGUAGCGACGAAGGAGGCGAGGUUGAGAAUGGUGAAGUCAAGGAAAAGAAGAAGCGCAAGAAGCCGCAAUCUGGUUCUGACGGUGAGGACAAGCCCCGCAAGAAGAAGAAGAAGAAGGAGCACAUGAGCCGCAGAGAUGGUGGGGAGAAAGAGAAAAGCCGUGGCCGCAAGGGAGGCAAGGUCAGCAAGAAGGCCGCCGCCGCUGCACUCAAGGAUUCGGGCAUGUCGGCAAAGCAGCGGCUUCGCAUUGUCUCCAAGGAAACCAUCUCCUCCAGCGAAGAUUCGGACUCUGGUAAAGGUGGCAAGUCUAGUGACAGUGAGGAUGAGGGCUCCAAAGGAAAGAAGCGCAAGCGCAUCUCGUCGGGCAGCGAGGCUGGAGACUCCGACAUCGGAAAGGGGAAGAAGCACCGGAUUGUCUCGUCAGACUCAGAGAACGAAAAGGAGGAGCCUUCAAACAAAGGGUCUCUGCGAGCAGUCCAAGACGCUCAAGGUCAAGGUCAGCAUCUGGCUCCCGCUCUGGGUCUAAUAAGUCACGAUCUGCUUCGAGGUCCAAGUCCCGGUCUCGUUCGAGGUCCAAGUCUGGAUCUCCUGCCAACUCUCGAUCUGGUUCUCGUUCUAAGUCACGUUCCAGGUCCAAAUCUGGCUCACGAUCAAGAUCAGGUUCCAGGUCGAAGUCUCGGUCAAAGUCUAGGUCAGCCUCUAGGUCCCGCUCACGGUCCAAGUCUGCUUCUAGGUCAGGCUCCCGAUCUAGAUCUCGGUCGGGCUCGAGAUCGAAGUCAGGCUCACCAUCGAGAUCGGGAUCGAGGUCGAAAUCGGGGUCUCCGGCCCGCUCGGCAUCCAAGUCACCUUCACGCUCACGGUCAAGGUCAAAGUCUGGAUCAAGAUCACGGUCCAGGUCAAAGUCCGGCUCAAGGUCGCCUUCGAGAUCGCGUUCCAGAUCACGUUCAAAAUCAGCUUCCCGAUCUCGGUCUGGUUCACGUUCACAAUCUGGAAGUCCGGCUGGAUCAAAGCAGGGCAGUCCACCUGGGUCCCCUGCUCAGUCCGGCUCGGAAAGUGAGUGAGCAGUCUGUCAAGAGUAAAGACUGGCCAGUGCCUGUUCUUUGUUUCAUUUUCUUUUCAUACCUGGAAGUAACAUUUGUCACAUCGUCAGUAGUCUCAGAGACAAUAAAAUAAAUAUUGUCUGUUGGAUUUGCUU